CAGGCCAAGGCAAUCCUCCUCUCUCUCUGCACCAACCCUGUCAUUCGUGCCAAGGUUGCCUCUUAUGCCAAACGACUCGAUCAAGAGGAAUCGACCAAGAAGCGGAAGCCCGAGUCUACUAUUGCCAUCUGUGUGCAAUGCGACCAGCCGUUCUACCAAGAGGACAACCAUGACACUAGCUGUGUCCAUCACGAUGGUUUAUUAGAGGUAAACUACAAGGCUGAAGUCUGGGAAGACAUCGACGAUGAUGGGCCGAUUGACUCUUCAGAAAAUGAGGAAGACGUUCCCGAGGGUUUUAAUUGGUCCUGCUGCGGUACAAUCGGCACUUCUGCCGGCUGCAAAAAGGGCCCGCACCAGGCAGACCCUGAGAAAUCGAGGAAA